CGCCAUCUCCACAGACAUCAUCCCAUCUCCACCCACAUCAUCUCCAUCAUCCCCAACCCUUCCCUUACCAUCCCAUCACCUCCUGCACCCGAAGCGAUCCCAUCAUCUCCAGCACGCAAAAACUCCUGCUGGUCAUGAGCCAUCUUCUCUGCAAAACACUUGAAUUGCCUUGCUUCCAUUUGGAUUCUCCCUCGGCAACCUCAGUAUCAUUGAGAUUGCCUCAUUUGCGGCCGUUGAAGAGGCAUUUCUCUCCUCUUCCAGUUCAGCAUGUAAAUCUUGUAUUGCCUGCUGUUGCUACUAACUGUUUCACACUGGAACUAUCCCUGGUGGAGGAAGCUACUAAAGAACAGCUACACCCACAAUUAUCACACUUCACCAAAUACCUCGACCAUGAAGGUGAAGAGAUAGGUGAAAGUACUCCCGAAUCCAUAAAGCAAUUAGCAUUAAAAUUUAAGAUGAUGGUGGAGGUAGUGACACGCCUGGAGGUGGUGAUGAUUUGCGUGCCGGAGAUCUCCCAAAAACCGAAGCUAUGUCAUCACCAUUCCCUCCCAAGAAAAAUCUCCCAAUUUCUUCCUUUUUUCACCAGAAGUAAUUGGCAAAGCCUCACGUCACCUUAAAGGUUGGAAACGACGGCGUAGCUGUCAUUUCCAUGUUCAAUCCUCCCAUUAAUGCCUUAGCUCUUCCAAAUAAACACCUGAUUGAUUUACUUUCCUCCUCUUUUGUUUCUUUUUAUUUAUAGGAUUAUCGCUAUGAAUUUUGCAUAGCUAAACUUCCUUUGUGAUUCAUUUUUGUCGAAUUUUGCUACGGCAGUUAUUGCGGGUUUAAGGAGAAGUUCGAUGAGGCCACAAGGAGAAACGACGUUCAAGCUAUCGUUUUGGCAGGCCAGUAUCUAUUUUUCAACAAGUAUUCAAUUGUUUGUUAAUUGAAUUAACUCUUUAGUUGGCGGUAAUAUAUCUCUUGUUUAUCGAUGAAGGCAAGAAUAGAAAAUUUUUUGGUGGAUUGGACAUCGGUGUUAUGUAGAAGGUUCACUAUAUUGGUAUGAUUUGAUCAAUUUAGCUACUUUAGAAGCUGGUCCUGAAAUUUGAUUGCUCUAAGUUGCUUUCAAUUAUUGUGUGUGCUUUGGCGAGAGAUGUUUCACUUGUGCCUGAUAUAUAUGUUGAUCUUGUCGU